AUGGGAACAGAAGACUUUACCUUCCCAAGAAUUAAUGACACUUUUUCAUAUAUCAUUGAUUCACCUCCUCUUUGGAACUCAUCAUCAACAUCCUCCUCUUCCAAAAAGGGAGAUUCCUAUGAAGAAAAAUUGGAUUCAAAGGGUCAAAGGAAGAGCUUUUCAUCAUCAAUACAAAAUGGAAAAAAAUCAACAAGAGAAUUAGAAGAUGAAGAGGUUGUUCCAAUGGAUUUAUUGUGGGAGGUUUUCAAUGAAGAGGUUGUUGAGUAUUCAUCCUUAACAAUUGGUAACACAGCAAAAAAUGCUCUUGUUCAUACUAAGAAUAAGCCUGGUAUGUUGGAGAUGUUGAAGGUUUUGAAGAAACUUUUUUCCAUCAACAAUUCUCAUGGUAAAUCAAGAAGAAGAAUACUCUAA